AUGGACUAUUCGUCGUUUUGCUCUACCUAUCUCGCCAGAGACCACCCUACCGGCAUCAGAAAGAGUUUUGACGAAGACAAAUGCCGUAACGUUCUCACGCGAUACUGUGCCCACAUCCCUCGCAACUACCAGUACCGUGACGGUAUCCGACUUGUAUUUCUGGUGUUGCGAGAUCAUCUUGGAGACGAAUUCCUUGGACUUGCAGGAGGUGUGCUCUACGAGAUGAUCGAAGUUGAUUGUCACUAUUCAGACGAUCCAGGCGCAGCAUUUCAGCGCUGGAGGCACGAUCAUCUGAACAGACAUGCAGACCUCGAGCUCCCUCACAUUCCGCACCUGAACACCGUUACAUCCAGCAUCGUUCCGACCACUACAUUGAUGCAGUGGAGAGAGGGUCACCCCCAAAGAUACCGCACACGGCUUUCCGAUCAUUCGCCCGCAAAAAUGAGGUCGUCUUUGUAUCCAAGUGGUAUUGGAAUACGGAAAACUUGGAUGAUAGAACACACCAUGUACGUCUCAUCACGCCUUGGAGGUACACGGGCGUUUAGACAACUCAAAGCCAGAGAGUUUCACGAAAUGCAAUGGAAUGAGAACAUAGGACAUAAAGGGAGACUUGUAGGCGAAAAGUCAAUCGAUCUAGUGGAGCUACCGAAAAGAGGAACUGCAGAAAGCUUAUCCGGGCAGAAUGGGCAUGCCACGCAUCAUCGCCGUUCGUCAAGUUUGAGGCUCAUGGGAUAUGAGAAGAUAACUGAAAUAAUACACAGAUUUCGUCUGACAGAAAAGGGCGACGGAACGAACGGCAUAUCUCGAGCUGCAUUGGAACAAGAUAACUAUCCAACCUUAUUGGUUCAUGACACGUUGGAACAGCGACUGGACACACCCGUCAGAGAUUGCGAAAUACCAAACGCGAACUUUGCACGGAAAUUCGGCUUGUUCACAGAUAACAAACCGUUGCCGCCUUUUAUAAGAGAACUCCCAGUUGCGGAAGACAUUGCAAUGGAAAUGGCCACAUGCCACCAGCCGAAGGAAUUGGUGUACGCAAGAAGGGUUCAAGGUCCCUUGACGCCUCAGCUUUGGUUCGAUAGUGGCAUUGAUUACCGAUGGAAGUAUAGUUCAUGUUGA